AGUCGCUGUGGCACCAACAGAUUUCCUUUGUGGACCCAAGUGUCAACAACUAGUGUCGAAAGUAAAACGCGAAAAGCCGAAAAAAGUAUAACAAACAUGAGAAGCUUCAUUAUAAUUUGUUUGCUGGCCACAGCUUUUGCCGAUAAACUGGGCUACAACUACCAACCAGUGCCGCAUUCUGCAGAGGGCUUAUCCUUCACACCAGGCGCCCUUAGUAUUGCAGCUCAUCAUGGUGUAUCGCCUUUAUCAUCGGAAAAAUUAGCUCCAGUGGCUCAUACACCAGUUCCACUUGCACCAGUAGUUCCUGCACCAGUGGUUCCUGCUCCCGUAGCUCCUGUCCCAGUUGCUCUUGCUCCAAUCGGUCCUGCUCCAAACACUCUUGCUCCAGUUGCUCACGUUCCGAUUGCACCUGCACCAGUCGUUCCUGCCCCGGUAGCUCCUGCUCCAGUUGGUCCUGCUCCAAAUACUUUGGCUCCAGUUGCUCCGGCUCCAGUUGCUUCAGCUCCAGUCGCACCGGCCCCAGUCCAGGUAGAAUACGAGAAAGAGUUCUACACUUAUACGGCGCCUCAAGAAGAAAGUAACGAUGGCGCAGACCUUGGAAAUAUUGCCAAUUCAUUGAAGAAAAAUCUGCGUGUUAUCUUUAUCAGAGCGCCAGAAAAUAAGGCUCUCGAAAACGCUGCUGUUAGCCUGGCGAAACAAACGACUGAGGAGAAAACUGCCAUCUAUGUGCUUACCAAACAGGCGGACAUUGGCAGCUUGGCACAAAAAUUGCAAAACAUCGGCACACAAUCAAGCUCUAAACCAGAAGUACACUUCGUGAAGUAUCGUACACCACAAGAUGCCGAAAAUGCCCAGCAGGCUAUCCAACAACAAUAUGAAAGUCUGCCUGGCUCAUCACGCCACUCCAACGGGGGUUCUGCACAAGUACUGAACUUCGCUUCGCAAGCGUCGGCAACCGCUGCACCAGCACCAGCUGCACCUGGCACCCAGUAUCUACCAGCUAACGCAGUGCCUUCGCAGGAGUAUCUGCCGUCAAGUUUCCGUCGUUUCCGCAAUUAAAAACCAUCUAACGGUGCAUUUUUGUUCUAUAUUUUUAAGGGCUCAUUGUUAAACUGGUCUGGUACUAAUCAUAAAUUCAUCCAAAUAUAUUAAAACGCCAAAGCGAUUUUUUACACAACAAAGAAAAAGAUAAACUUGUUUCGUAUU